AGGGAAUUGAGUAGUUGUAUCCAACAGUGAGGUUUUCACCAACUAGUAAACUGACUGUUCUUUCCCUCUGACUACCGAAAAACAAGCAUGGAGGUGGAUUAUAUUUCAUACGAUGAUUACACUCCUGACAAUGAAACUGAGAACACCAACACUACAGUUGGAGUACUGAAUUUCAACAAUUCCCAGUCUUCUUUGACACACGUCCUUGUGGUUUUCAAUAUCCUCAUAACUGUUGUUGGCCUUGGAGGGAAUUCACUGGUGAUUUGGAUCUGUGGCUGGAAAAUGAAAAGAACAGUCAUCAACACCUGGUAUGUCAGUCUGGCCAUUUCAGACUUUUUGUUCUGUGCAUUUCUGCCACUGGAAGUAUUCUACAUGAUAACUUCUCACUGGCCUUUUGGACUUCUCUUGUGCAAGAUCACCUCCUCCGUCCUGUUCCUCAAUAUGCACAGCAGCGUGUUUCUGUUAGUUCUGAUCAGCACCGAUCGCUGUAUAAUGAUUUUAUUUCCCGUUUGGUCACAUAAUCAUCGGACUGUGCGAAAAGCGUUUGGAGUUGUCGUCCUCAUGUGGCUCCUCUCCGCACUCCUAACGUUGCCCUCAGUGAUCUUCAAACAAACCACGGUCCAUGGCUCAGUCAUUCAGUGCUACUCUGAUUAUAUGGACCAUUCUAGACACAAGGCAGUGGCUCUGACUCGAUUCAUCUGCGGGUUCCUGAUUCCUUUCCUAAUGAUUGUCUGCUGCUGCUCUGUGCUUGGUGUGAAGCUCAGAAGUUUGACCAUCAAAUCGACAAAGCCUUACAAAGUCAUGGUGGCACUCAUCUUUUCAUUUUUCAUCUGCUGUGUCCCCUACCAUACCUUUGUUCUUUUGGAGUUAGACUUGAAGAACCACAGGCUGCAUGUUCUCCAAGCUGGACUGAAGGUGGGAGCCACCCUGGCAGCAGCAAACAGCUUUAUAUCCCCAUUUCUAUACGUCUUUGUUGGUAACGACUUCAAACAAACCCUUAAGAGAACUUUGACAUCCAGGAUAGAGGAGGCAAUGAUAGAAGAUUUUCGCACAGGUUUAAAUCACUCAAGGUCUAAGUCAAUGGACAUCUUCCAGAAUUAGUGUUAGGCGUCAUCUAGAUAAUGGGUUUUAAGACCUAGUAGAUUUCAAGUCAUAUGUAAUAAACUUAGAUCUUGAUGCAUCUGUAUACACUUGGACAAACUUCACCUAUGUCGGAAUGGUCAGUGACAAUAAUAAUAAAAAACCUUUAAGUUCAGAUAUUUAUAUAUUUUGCAUUUAAAAGGUUUGUGUCUGUGGAUGAUUUGCUUUUGCGUCAUGUUUGCAAAUUGGCUUUAAAUUUGCCCACAUGGAACAAAUGAAUUGAAUCAAAUAUUUGAUUUGUAACCUUUUUAUAAUUUUAUAAUUUAUCAAAUUAGGACAUUUAAACUGUAACCUUCCAGUGUUGUGUUUUUCAUUGCAUUUGUGUUAUUUUAUACUAACUAAAGUCAAAAUUAUUAAACAUUUUCUGUA